CACUCCUCCCCACGGGGAACACCCACCCACGCUCAGCCAUGCGGAUCCUCCAGCUGCUCUUUGCAAUCGUUGUCAUUCUCCUCCUCCAGGAUGUUCCCGCAAGAGGCCUUUCGGACAGCCAGCAGUGCAGGAACAACCACGGGCACUGCCGGAGGCUCUGCUUCCACAUGGAGCGCUGGGCUGGGAGCUGCAGCAACGGCCGCCUGCGCUGCUGCAGGUGAGAGCGACCAUAG